UUUUUUUUUUUUGAAACAAUCUUGUUGUUACAUUUACGUCAGUGAUGGCGACUCUUGAAUUGGUUUUUCUUCUUGGUUUAGUGUUAAUAUCACAAGUCUUCUGCCAGGAGACAUGUGUAGCAUUCCAAGUGGGAGCUUUUUCAAGUAACAAAAUGACGACAGCUAGAGGAUUCAUGCACUGCGAGAUUAGUCUCCCCUGUACAGAGACGGACGUUCUUAAUGUGAUGGCCUUGGAAAUAUACUUGGAAAUAUACUCUCUACCCGCCACGCGUCUAGCAAGACUGGAUGAGACACAAAAAGUGGAUAUUUCAAGGCUCGACCUGGAAGGUUUGGGGAGUAUUAAAAGUAACGGCACUUCAACUUUCUCAGUACAGUUUAACCCGGAAACAUGGAAGAAUGGCGACACCUUUCAGUGCAGAGCUGUCGUCAGAAACAAAGAAAAUAAUGUUGUUAACAUUACUACUGAAACUAGCCUAGCACUACCAAAUUUUAGCGCCUCAAAGGCGACUAUUUCAAAGAUUCCAGAUCUAGACUAUAAAGUUCUGCCUAUGGAUCCUAAACCACUCGAUUUCGGGGGACACCAAUACCUUCUCUCCAAGUAUGGUGGAGAUAGUGCUGGUAAAGCGAACGGGUUCUGCGAAUCCCAAGGAGGUUACUUGGUCGAGAUAGACACGGAGGAUGAAUUUAAAGCAAUUGUCACAUUUUUGAGGUCUAAGAAUCUGGCUCCGAAUACGAAUGUCUUCAUCGGAGGGACUGACGUGCUAGAGGAGUCAAAGUGGGUGUUUCAACACAGUGGCGGGAAGGUCCAGUACUUCAACUGGCACAAAGGUCAACCGGACAACUACUGGGGCGGGGAGCACUGCAUGGACCUUGGUUAUUACUUUGGGGUAUUCUUAAUGAAUGACAUUUCCUGCAUGGGCGAUGUUGGGUCCCCAAUGUUCAUGUGUGAGUUUGAACUCAACUGAAAUAUCGAAGAAGUUUAAUAGUAAUCCGUCAUAUAUUUAUGAGUAUUUGAACUCAUAAAAUCAAAUGGCCAUACAGUGUUUGCAUUAUUUAAUCAUAGACAUAAAUAAAUAUAGACUGGCCGAUAAUAUGAAACGAAAAUUUGUGACUUGCAUUUCUGUGUACUUUAUUUAUGUCUAGGAGUUUUGUUUAAUCUCUAAGACUGAAGAUCAUGCAAUUUUUCAAUUUUUCAGAAUUCGGAAAUCCGAAUACAAUAGAUAUACAUGUUUUCAAGUUACAUGAAGUUAUUUCCUUUUUCCAGUCUAUAUUUAUUUAUGUCUAU